ACGUCUUUCCGACUCUCCAGCUCUACCUACGACCAACCAACCGCCGCAAUGGGCGCCAAAUCCGCUGCUCGUCCGCCCCCAAACAACAGCAAUAAAAACAAGCCCACCCAGACCCAAGCCGCCGCCCGCCCGCCCAAACCCCUCGAGUUCGCCCCGCGCGCGCGCAAGCCAGCUCCACGCCCCGCACGCGCAGCAGCAGCAGCACCACCACCACCACCACCGCCCAAUGCAGCAACGACGCUCUCGCGCGCGCGCCGCAUCCCGCUCUACGCGGCCCUAGGCGUCGCCAGCGCGACAGGCCUGUACGUCGCGUUCCUGGCGCACUCGCUACUGCGGCCCUACGAGCCCGCAUACGCCGUCCCCGCCGACGUCGCCGACCGCUACGACAGCAACGCCGUGCGCUUCGACGCGGACGUGGACAGCAUGGAGCGCAAGACGGGGAUUGUGCGGCUGCGGCGGCAGCUGGCCGCGCGGGCGCGGGGCGACGUGCUCGAGGCCAGCGCGGGGACGGGCCGCAACAGCGCGUUCUAUGAUGGCGGAAAGGUGCGCCGUCUUGUGCUGCUGGACCGGAGCGGGGCGAUGCUGGCCGAGGCGCGGCGCAAGUGGCUCGAGAUCAAGCGCGAGGGGGGGCGCGCGGCGCGCGUUCGCGACGUCGAGUUCCGUGCUGCGAGUGCGCUGGACCGCAUUCCUGGGCCGGGGGGCGAUGCUGCUGCACGCUUCGAUACCGUCGUCCAGACUAUGGGGCUUUGCUCGACGCAUGAGCCGGAGCUGCUGCUAAGACGGCUGGGCGACGCGGUCAAGGACGAUGGCAGGAUCUUUUUGCUGGAGCAUGGCAGGGGCUGGUAUGGCUGGUUGAAUGGCUGGCUGGAUAGGUCGGCGCCCGGCCAUGCGGACGCGCAUGGCUGCUGGUGGAAUAAGGAUGUUGGCGCUAUUGUCGAGAGGAGCGGGCUCGAGGUCGUUGAGAUCAGCCGCCCUUGGUACCAUCUUGGCACGACGUGGUGGGUGGAGCUGAAGCGGGCGUCGGAGGCGGAGACACCACACACCCGUAACCGCCUAAGGUUCUCCACACUGUUGGCACUGCUGCCGCAGCGUUAG